AUGGUAACAACUCAACUUAUACCUGAUGAAAAGAAUCAACCACUAGUUGAAGCGUCAGAACAAAUAUCAAAUAUAAUAGAAUCAUUCAUAGAAUUAGGAAUUUUAGUUCAUGAUAAUCAAGGAACUUCACAAUCAAAUAAAGCUUUAACAACAAAAUUACAAUCAUUAAUUACUCAAUUAAGUAAAUUAAAUGAUAUACCUAAUUUGAAUCAAAAAUUAAUUCCAUUAGAUGUUAUGUCAUAUAUUGAAGAUGGUAGAAAUCCAGAUAUUUAUACAAGAGAAUUUAUUGAAGUUAAUGCGAAACUGAAUGCAAGGAUAAAAGGUAAGAUGAAAGGUUUUGAGAAAUUAAGAGAUGUUUUAGGUGAUAAAUUAGUUAAUGAAUAUCCGAAAUUGGAAGUUGGAGUAGAAGAUAUUAAAAAAAGAACAGAAUCAAAUGGAUUAGAAUGA